CUGGGUUUUAGCUUUCCCCGCGGCGCGUUGCUGGCCGUAGUGCGGCCCCGCCCCCACGGCCCUCUGCGACCCCGGCCGGCCGGCCGGCCGGCUGCCCCCGUUCCCGGUCCGGAGCCGCGCGCGAGGACGGCUGAGGCCGCAGGAGUGGUUGGAAGAACAAUGCAUGUGAGUCUUUGACACCAUGAUAUCCAUCAGGCAAAGAAAAGGAAUACAAACCACAGAAGUUUCAGAGGAUUACGUGGCACAAGAAGAAAAUGUGAAGUUGGAAAAUAAAUUGUCAUCUAGUUGUACCAAUAGAAGAUUAUGGACGAUUCUUUCAUUUACAAUUGGUGGAACUGUUGCCCUUUGCACUGGACUUCUUACAUCUGUCUACCUGGCCACUUUACAUGAGAAUGAUUUGUGGUUUUCUAAUAUUAAGGAAGUGGAGCGAGAAAUCUCAUUCAGAACAGAAUGUGGACUGUAUUACUCCUACUACAAGCAGAUGCUGCAGGCUCCAACCCUCAUGCAAGGUUUUCAUGGCUUAAUAUAUGAUAACAAAACCGAAUCUAUGAGGACAAUUAACCUCCUUCAACGAAUGAAUAUUUACCAAGAGGUUUUUCUCAGUAUUUUAUAUAGAGUUCUACCCAUACAGAAAUAUAUAGAGCCAGUUUAUUUUUAUAUUUACACCUUAUUUGGACUCCAAGCAAUUUAUGUCACAGCUCUUUACAUAACCAGCUGGCUCCUGAGUGGUACAUGGCUGUCAGGACUCUUAGCAGCUUUCUGGUAUGUCACAAAUAGAAUAGAUACCACAAGGGUUGAGUUUACCAUCCCACUGAGAGAGAAUUGGGCGCUGCCAUUCUUUGCAAUUCAGAUAGCAGCAAUUACAUAUUUCCUGAGACCAAACUUACAGCCCCUUUCUCAAAGGCUGACACUUCUUGCCAUUUUCAUAUCAACUUUUCUCUUUAGUCUAACAUGGCAAUUUAAUCAAUUUAUGAUGCUGAUGCAAGCAUUAGUGCUGUUCAUACUGGACUCCUUGGACAUGCUGCCAGCAGUGAAGGUGACAUGGCUGUAUGGUAUACAGCUAACAGGUUUACUCCUUGUCUGCAUUCUUCAGUUUUUUAAUUCCAUGAUUCUCGGAUCAUUGCUUAUCAGUUUUAACCUUUCGGUGUUAAUUGCAAGAAAACUUCAGAAAAACCUGAAAACUGGAAGCUUCCUUAAUAGGCUUGGGAAACUGUUGUUACAUUUAUUUGUGGUUUUAUGUUUGACACUUUUUCUCAACAACAUUAUUAAGAAAAUUCUUAACCUCAAGUCAGACGAACACAUAUUUAAAUUUCUGAAGGCAAAAUUUGGAUUUGGAGCAACAAGAGAUUUUGAUGCAAACCUGUAUCUGUGUGAAGAAGCAUUUGGCCUUCUGCCUUUUAAUACAUUUGAAAGGCUUUCAGAUACUCUGCUUUUUUAUGCUUAUAUAUUUGUUCUGUCCAUCACAGUGAUUGCAGCAUUAGCUGUUGCCUUCCGUAAUCUCAGUGAUUCUACAAAUCAGCAAUCCAUGUAUAAAAUGGGAGAGUACAGAAUCGGCCUGAAACCAGAAACUGCCUACAAUUUGAUACAUACGAUUCUGUUUGGAUUCUUGGCAUUGAGUACAAUGAGAAUGAAGUACCUCUGGACAUCACAUAUGUGUGUGUUUGCAUCAUUUGGCUUAUGCAGCCCUGAAAUAUGGGAGUUACUUCUGAAGUUGAUCCAUCUUUAUAACCCAAAGAGGAUAUGUAUAAUGCGAUAUUCAAUACCGAUAUUAAUACUGCUGUAUCUGUGCUAUAAGUUCUGGCCAGGAAUGAUGGAUGAGCUCUCCGAGUUGAGAGAAUUCUAUGAUCCAGAUACAGUGGAGCUGAUGAACUGGAUUAACUCUAAAACUCCGAGGAAGGCUGUGUUUGCUGGAAGCAUGCAGUUACUGGCCGGCGUCAAGCUGUGCACGGGAAGGACCUUAACCAACCACCCACACUACGAGGACAACAGCCUGAGAGAGCGAACCAAAGCGGUCUAUCAGAUAUAUGCAAAGAGAGCCCCAGAGGAAGUGCACGCCCUGCUAAGGUCCUUUGGCACCGACUACGUGAUCCUGGAAGACAGCAUCUGCUAUGAGCGCAGGCACCGCCGGGGCUGCCGGCUGCGGGACCUGCUGGACAUCGCCAACGGACAUAUGAUGGAUGGCCCAGGAAAGAAUGAUCCAGAUUUGAAACUUGCAGGCCACCCUCGCUUUUGCGAAGAGAUAAAAAGAAACCUGCCCCCCUACACGGCAUACUUCACUAGAGUGUUUCAGAACAAAACAUUCCACGUUUACAAGCUAUCCAGAAACAAGUAACAGAGCUUUCUAUUUAAUCUCUAUUUUUGAUAUGUGAAACUCCAUCAUAAUGAAACUCAAUAGAUAAUGUUUCAAAUGUAAUUAGGUAACCGGUACCUUAAAGCUGUGAUAUGAUUAAGUCUACAAAUGUUUACACAAGCGUUACCAUCUUUGAAAGUAUCUUAUACAUGCUUCAGUCUUCGUCUUGUUUCAUUAAUGUUCUUUAGCCUAAAUGUUUUCAACUUUCUAAAAGUGAUCUAGAAUUUUGUUGUUGGGGAGAACAGUUAAGUGUUCCAUAGGUAGCCUGAACAGCUGCAUAUCAUGUUGGAAAUCUAGAGCCUCUUUCAAGAUUUGAAAUACUUCUAAUUUUUAAUUGACUUACAACAGCUAUAGUUGAAUUGAAUUGAGGGGAUACAUAAUUAAAUUAUUUAAUAUUUUUUCACUAGUGAAGACCAACUGGUGGCUUUUUAAAAAGCUCUCUAUUGUCCUGUUUCACCUAAAAAUUUUAUAAUGUUUUUAAUUUGUCAUGCUUUGAAUAUUUUUUUAAAAAUCAUGUUAAGUCUUCAUAUGUAUCUAAAAUUUUUUGUUGUGCUCCAUCUGAAAUGUAAUGUGUAGCACUUCAGUAGUAUGUGUCAGUGUGUGUAUGUGUGUACACGGGCAUGUGCAUGAAUGUUUUAAUGCUGGGCACAGAAAAGUGUUACAAGUUCCAUAUUGUAAGUCCUUAAAGCAGCAGAAAUGUUAUGUAGCUGAGUAGAAUUUGUUACUGUAUAGUGUUACUAUUUUAAAACCUGUUGAUACUAUUUAAUCUAUCCUGCAAGUAAGAAAAUUCUUCAUUUCUUACUCAUUCAAAUUUACUGGGUUUGCAAAAUUUUGUAAACUCUUUGUUUUUAGCCUUUGUAUUUUUUACAGCCUAGAACCUUGCAAAGUCUUACUAUUUUUAAAAUGUUGUAUCUUAACUAACUCACUACUAUGAUAUUUUUGGCAGAGAGCAUUUUCAUACCAAGUUUGAUUUGUGGUCUCCAAUCUUACUGUGAGGGCCCUUGAUAGGUGGUUCUUUUUCUUACUCAAAGGUAACCAAGUGCCUCUAAGUCAUGCUUAUUUGUAAACAACGAAGAGGAUUAUGUGUACCUUGUACCUGCUCAAAAAUUUUUUGAUAAUUGCUUUUGUAAUUAAUUUCUAAUGAUAGGGACAUGUAAAAGUUACUGAUAAAAGCAUAUUGUGUAUUUAAUUAAAUCAAGAUAGCUAAUGAAAUUAACUUUCACCUCUCAUGCCAGUUGGAAAUGAUUUAAAUAUUUCUCCUUGCAAAUCACUGUAGACAUGAAGACGGAUAUAUCACAUGUUCAAAUGAUUUUCUCUUCAGCUACUACUUAAGCAGUAUUCAAAAAGAAAUUUUACACUAUCAUGUUGGGUUCAAGGAAGGAUACUUGGCUUUUAUCAAAACUUAUUUAAAUAAAAAAUUGACAGUAGCUGGGUUAUUAAAUUAUGCAACUGAAACUCCUGAAUUAUAUCUUUCUUGUAUCCCUUAAUAAGGUUGGAGACCACUGCAGUUUAGGAUAAUACAAUAAUAAAACAUUUUAAUCAGUACUGAAACUUUAAUUAAGCCAGUAAUGAUGCAUGCCUGUUGCAGCUGACAGCAUGGGUCAGUCCAUCCUUCAGUGAGUGCCUUACUCUAAUUGAAACCAAGCACAUGUAAGGUACAGCGUGUUCGACUAUCUAGUUACGUUUUUAAAACCCUCUAUUACCUUCUCAGAAAUAUUUCAAUUUAUUUUAAAUAUUCCUGUAUUAUUAAUCUAUGCAUUUGGGUAUUUGGAGUUUCAGUAUACAAGAAACAUGUACUUAAAUUUUUAUGCUUAUCAUCACCACAUUGAUCACAUACAGUAAUCCUUUUUUCACAGUUUAGGUGCCAUUUGUUGCCAAAACACUUAGUGUUCAGUCUUUAGUGAAAAAUAUAAAGUGCCAAAAAUUCUUGCAAGACAGAAUCCAUACAUACACGCUUUCCAGAACACUGUGACCAUGUAUAGUUGACAUUUUUAUUUCCUGAUGACCAAAUCUCUUAAUGAAUCAUGUGAAAUAUUUUUAGUGCUCCUCAGUCUUCUCUUUUAUGACCUUCUCAUUGGAGUACAUGGGAGGAAAGAGAGGAAAAGCGGCUGACCCUGGCUCUCUAAGCUCCCUGCCACACGAUCUCAGUGGCUGUGCUAAUGUUUGGUAAUAUCCUCAAAUUACGGCUGUAUUUUAUGGGUAGAAAGACCACUUGAUUUUGCUUCAGAGUUAGCAUUCAAAAGAACCUCUAAGUACAGUAAGUGCUCUUAAUUAACCUUUACUUACGUGACUCACCGGGUCCCUUCACAGUCUCCAUCCCUCUUGUAAGCUGACUUUGGCCCAGCACCAGUGGGGGCUGCUCCCUGGCAUUCUCAGGCCUCUGCUCUCUCCUUUGAGUUCUCUGCCUGCGCCAACCUUGUCUGCAUGCUCUACUUCCCGCUGUAAAUACACGAUUCAACAUAAACCCAGGAAAUUUCGCUCUAAAAUGGAAGGGUUAUUUCUGCAAAAAUUAGCUUGAAUGCUUUGGUAAGAUUUGAUAACGGUUGCCACUAAUAAAAAUUACUUUUAAAUUAAUUGUGGUUGGGAAAAUUAUAAAAUAUUGGGAUAACUUAAAAUUCAAGAAAAUUUCUGAGCUUAGAUUGCUUCACAGAUUUAUUUAUUUUAGUCCUCAUUUCACCUUAAAAAAGAUCUAGACUGAUCAGAAGGUAUUAAAAAGUACCCAAAUCAGGGCUUCCCUGGUAGCGCAGUGGUUGAGAGUCCACCUACCGAUGCAGGGGACACGGGUUCGUGCCCUGGUCCGGGAACAUCGUACAUGCCGCGGAGCGGCUGGGCCCGUGAGCCAUGGCCGCUGAGCCUGCGUGUCCGGAGCCUGUGCUCCGCGAUGGGAGAGGCCACGGCAGUGAGAGGCCCGUGUACUGCAAAAAAUAAAUAAAUAAAUAAAAAGUACCCAAAUCAUAUUAUUGGUAUGAUUUAUGCAAAAAUAAAACUGUAAUCAUUGGACCCUUAUGCAAAGGAAAGGCCUCGGCUUUACAUCAGAAGAUGAGCAAAUGAAUGUACAAUUAUACAUUUGAGGUUAUGAUUCCCUACUUUAACCAACUUUAACUUCAUUAAAUGACCAACUACUGAUACCGAUCACAGUGGCUAAUCUACUUCUACUAGAGUUGAAAGGUUCCAGUCACUUUAUUACAGACUUAAAAAGUAGGAAUUCAUUUCAGAUAUAUUAGCCAGGAGCAUAAUUAGGUGUUAUCUAGGCCAUUUGUUGUCCACUUAAAGGUGAUUUUCUUGACCUUUGUGAGAUCAACUAAAUAAAUGUGUGUGUGUGUGUGUGUGUGUAUGUGUUGGGUUGGUGCUGGUGUUGGCAAGGACAUAUGUAGAUAUUUCAUCUGGUCUGCAUCUUUACAAUUAAGUAAAAAGGUUUAUUCUGAUUACACAUGAACCUUGUAACAAUUGUAGCUCAUCUUUGGCCAAAACGUACCUGAAUUAACUAGAAAUAGUCCAUUUUUAAAUUUUCAUUUAAACGUUGGAAUUAAUAGAAGGACAAAAUGUUCUCAGAUCAUAUAUCUUGGCCAAUAUGCUCCGAAAUGGUUUAUAUAUGGCAACCUUUUGGCAUAGAAGAGAGUGCUUGUCUGUUCAUGGAAAAAAACUUUUAAACUGAGAGAGUGGCUUACUUUCUUGUGGCAAUUGAUUUUCUGUACUUAAUAUCCUAGGGGUAGAAUCUUACAAAGAGCUUUUAUAAUUUGUUGUACUGAAUUGUAUGAAGAUUGUGUACUAAAUAAAGCUAAGUUACACA